UAUGUUAGUAGAAUGUGAUUUGAUUGACACUAUUGACAGUGUUACUGUUAAUACGGUUGAGUUGAUAGCUUAUUAAGAUUUACUAUCUGAAUCAUGGAACAUAUGGCGGAAGACCUAGGAGUAGAUACAAAUGUUAUGAUUUUCCGAGUCAAGCUCUUUCUUGCCAGAACUGAGUUAAAUGAGGCUAUGUCUCGGACCCAGUUUCAGACGGCUACAGAACCUCCAGUGAAGGACGCCAAACUCGAUGUGACUGAUCUACCAACCCGAGUUUUAAAACAUUUAAUCACAUCCGGCAUCGUUCGAGGGAAAAUAUUCGAGUUGUCAGAUGCCUUUGCAUGUUUAUCUUGCAAUCCAGAGUUACAAGCCAAAUUUCCUGGAAAAAGAAAUGCAUUUAUUUACAUCAAAGGGCCUCAUCAUCAGUCAUUACUCUUGGCAGUUGAUACGGUGGAAAUGUUGCUAGAUGAAGUGGUUAAGCGGAAUACCGGCCCAGUUUCAAAGGUGCCAGCACUGGAAAGAUACUGGUCAGAGAUGCGUGAGGUAGACUACGAGAUCAAGGACUUCCCUGUGGCAGCCAUCAAGAAUGUCAUUUUCCAGGGGCAUUAUACGAGGGAAGGUCAACGAGUUCUCAGGUGCCGUGGUAAGUGCCAGAGGAAACCCUCAUCUGUCAAACCCUCCCCAGAACGACAGAACUCUGUACUUGCACAUCCAGGGCUCCUGAUCAUCAUUCAAUUCUACAUGCUGACAAAUAAUUCAGGUUCGCAGGCGACCAUGGUCAAACAGCCAGUUUCGAACAGUAGCACUCUGACAGAAACUUCCUGCUGUGUCCACUGCCUCACCAUCUGA